CGACAAGGGUUUGCUGCCCGACGCUUAUGUUAAUUUUAUGCUAAGGGUGGCAUAAAUGACGGGUGUAAACAUGGAAGAUAUAUUUUGGGACAAUUUUCUCGCAUCAGAUGAAGCUAUACGAGUUUAGAGGAGAGCCACUACGUGUGUCUCCCUCUCUCUCACACCGAGCCCCCUCCUCCUCCGCUGGCAAUUUAUAAAGAACAAAAAAUUCGACUAGGGAGGGGGUUGAUACGCCGAAGCUGAAAUCGAGAGGCGAACCCAGGAAAGGAGUAUAUUGUACACGCGACUUUCCCCCCCUUCGUCCCCCAAAAGGAGGGGGAAAAGUCAGAAUUGUGGAAUCGAAAAGGAAAAUAAGGUUCAAAAGACGUGAAAACGUCUUCCGUUGUGGAUACCGUAUAUCUUUUUAAUUCGAAAAAAUAUGGCCGAGAACGUUCUGGACUCUGGCCCGCCUUCAGCCAAGAGGCCUAAACUAUCCUCUCCGGCACUGUCUGUUUCCGCCAGCGAUGGAAACGAUUUCGGAUCGUUGUUUGACCUGGAGCAUGACCUCCCGGACGAGCUUAUCAACUCCUCAGAGUUGGGCCUGGUCAACGGCGGGGACCUCAGCCAACUGCACACCAGCCUGGGAGGUGGGAUGGGCCCAGGGGGAGGGGGUGGCCAGGAUGCGGUGGCCAAGCACAAGCAGCUCUCCGAGCUCCUUCGAUCAGGCGCUCCACACGCCUCCACCCAGCAGGGCGCAGUGGGCAGCACAGGCGGGGCCAGCAUGGGCCACCUGGGAAACAUGAAGGUGUCCCCUGGGCCCCAGGGCAUGGGCCAGCAGCAACACCUCUCACCUCAGCAGCAGGCCAGCAUGAUGCAGCAGCAGGUGGGGAUGGUGGGCAGCAUGAAUCGGGGAAUGAUGGGGGCCCAGAAGGGCAACGGACAGCAGCAGCAAUCCAUGAUGGGUGGGCAGGUGAUGAACGGAUCCCCCAGGAUGGGCUUCUUGAACCAGGGGAUUGGGGGGAACAGUAACCUGCUGGCUGAGACUCUGCAGCAGCAACAACAGCAGCAGGGGGCUGGUGGACAGACUGGACUCCGAGUACAACAACCUGGAGCAAUGAACAAGAUGGGUAUGAUGGGUAACCCGGGCUCCUAUGGAGGCCCCUAUGGAGGGCAGCAGGCAGGCCUGGGGGGAGCAGGGCUGGGCCCUCCACUCCAGAACAAAGGCUCCAUGCCCAACAGCCUGGCCCAGUUCAGCAUGGACAAGAAGAGCCAGCCCAUGCAGGGCAUGUCUACCAUGGCCUCCCAGCAGUCCGCUGCAGGUGUGGGCGGUGGAGCCGGAGGCACUGCAGGGAUGGUCCCCAACGCCCAGGGAGGCCUAGGGCCCGCCGUGUCUGUAGCCGCAGCAGCCGGGGCGCCCCCUACGGCCGACCCUGAGAAGCGAAAGCUUAUCCAGCAGCAACUAGUGCUCCUGCUACACGCACACAAGUGCCAGCGGCGGGAGCAAGCCAACGGGGAGGUGCGCCAGUGCAACCUGCCACACUGCCGCACCAUGAAGAACGUCCUCAACCACAUGACCCACUGCCAGGCUGGCAAAUCUUGCCAAGUGGCUCACUGUGCUUCAUCCAGACAGAUCAUCUCUCACUGGAAGAACUGUACACGGCACGACUGUCCGGUCUGCCUGCCACUCAAGAACGCUGGGGACAAGAGGAACCAGCAGUCUCUGCUAGGGGGUACUGGUGUAGGUCUGGGUAGUUCCCUGGGCUCAGUGCCCGGAGGCCAGCCCAGCACCCCAAACCUCAACCCCCCCAGCCAGAUCGACCCCAGCUCCAUCGAGAGGGCCUACGCUGCCUUGGGCCUCACUUACCAGGGCCUGCAGAGCCAGCCCAACCAGGCUUCUCUGCCCUCACAGGGCCUGCAGAGCCAACCGGGCAUGAGGCCGCUCAAUCCCAUGGGGGGUAACCCGAUGGGAGUGAAUGGAGGUGUGGGUGUUUCACCCCAGAACCAGCAGGCCAGCCUGCUACAGGACACCAUGCUACACCUCAACAUGAACUCCCAGGGUCUGAUGAGUGAUGCGGGCGGGGCGGGUAACAUGGGAUGCAUGCCCACGGCGACCCCACCCUCUGCAGCGGGCAUGAGGAAGAGCUGGCACGAGGACAUCACCCAGGACCUGAGGAACCACUUGGUGCACAAACUGGUACAAGCCAUCUUCCCGACCCCAGACCCUGCUGCUCUGAAGGACAGGCGGAUGGAGAACCUAGUGGCGUAUGCUAGGAAGGUGGAGGGGGACAUGUACGAGUCUGCCAACAGCAGGGCGGAAUACUACCACCUGUUGGCUGAGAAGAUUUAUAAGAUCCAGAAGGAGUUGGAGGAGAAGAGGCGGACGCGGCUCCAGAAGCAGGAUGGUCCCCUCCCUGACCACUCUCUGGUGCGGCCCGGUGGACCCAACCAGAUGGUUAAUAGGAUGCAGAACCCUGCAGGUAUGAACCAGUUCAACCAGAUGGGGAUGCAAUCUAUGGGUCAGAGGUUGACCCCUCCUCUACCCCUCACACCCAUCAACCAGAUGGGCAUGGGGAACCCCAGGAUGAGCCAGCCCAACGUGGGCCAGUACCUGCCCCAGGCACAGUUCCCAGGCUCCGGUCCAGGCCUUGGCACUGGUCAGCCUGGCAUGGCACAGCCUGGCAUGGCACAGCCUGGCAUGGCACAGCCUGGCAUGGCACAGCCUGGCAUGAACCAGCAAGGCAACCAGGGAGCCAUGGCACAGCCUAGUAUGAACCAGCAAGGCAACCAGGGAGGCAUGGUACAGACUCAGAUACCCAUUCCUUCCCCUCUCCCCGUCAACAGCCCUCUAGCCGGGCCCGGCUCGGUCGGCGGGGGUAGUGGCGUCCCCUCGGUGGGGCCCAUGGGUCCCCAGAGUGUGGGUGGAGGCCCCUUGUCCAACCUGCCCCUGUCCAACAACGCCCAGCAGCCCAACUCCAUCCCCCACCUCGCGGCCAUGCGCCAGAGCUCGCCCUCCCCCGCCCGCAGUCUUACACCCACACCCCACCAAACGCCACCCAGGCUAGCGGGCUCACAGACCCCCCAGCCCCACACCCCCAACCCGUCUCAGCUGGCCCCCCCAGGCCCUCAGCAGCAGCUAGGGCCCGGCAGCCAGGGGCCAGGCUCUAACAAGCCCAUGCAGCAGGGGAUGGGGGCGGGGUCCACCACCCCAUCGCACCCUGGUCACCCCUCCACAACCCCCAACCCACAUGGAGGCCAGCUCCCUCGCACGCCUCGCACUCCGAUGUCCCAGAAGGGGGGCUUCCAGCCCCAGGACGGUCAGGCUCUGACCCCAGCUUCGGUCAGCAGUGUGGACACAGCCUCCCAGCAGGCCUCCCAUUCGGAUGCCUCGGCCUCCGUGGACCCCAAGACGGAGGUCAAGCAGCAGCAGGAUGAGGAGGACGACGGGGAGGAAGGCUGCUCCAAGGGAGGGAAGUUAUCCAACGUCAAGAUGGAGAACAAACCCAUCAAAAUGGAGGGGGUGAAGAAAGAGGAGUGUGGGGGCAAAGGUGUUCCCAUGGAAAUGUCGUCAUUGGUGGGGGUAAAGAGUGAAGACAGGGUGAAGACUGAAGACCAGAAGCCGGAGGUGAAGAAGGAGCCAAAAGAGGAAGAGAAGGGAUCCGAGUCCCCUGGUACACCGUCUGGUGCCCAGAAUAAGAGGAAGAUCUUUAAGCCAGAGGAGCUGCGCCAGGCCCUCAUACCCACCCUGGAAUCUCUAUACAGACAGGACCCAGAGUCUCUGCCCUUCAGACAGCCUGUUGACCCUCACCUACUGGGCAUACCUGACUACUUUGACAUAGUGAAGACCCCCAUGGACCUGUCCACUAUAAAGCGGAAGCUUGACACGGGUCAGUACCAGGAACCCUGGCAGUAUGUGGACGACAUCUGGGUCAUGUUAAACAAUGCCUGGCUAUACAACCGCAAGACGUCCCGCGUCUACAAGUACUGCUCCAAGCUGGCUGAGGUGUUCGAGGCUGAGAUAGACCCCGUCAUGGUCAACCUGGGCUACUGCUGUGGCCGGAAGUUGGAGUUUUCUCCCCAGACGUUGUGCUGCUAUGGGAAGCAGCUGUGCACUAUACCCCGGGACGCUGCCUACUUCAGCUACCAGAACAGGUACCACUUCUGUGAGAAGUGCUUCAACGAAAUCCAGGGGGACAACGUGUCCCUAGGAGACGACCCCUCCCAGCCUCCGACUUCCAUCGGUAAAGAUCAGUUUGAGAAGAAGAAGAAUGACACAUUGGACCCUGAAUUGCUUGUGGAAUGUAUGGACUGUGGACGUAAGAUGCACCAGAUCUGUGUCCUGCACAACGACACGAUCUGGCCGUUAGGUUUUAAUUGUGAUGGCUGCUUAAAGAAGUUGAAUAAGACGCGUAGAGAGAACAAGUAUGCCGCCAAAAGGUUGCCCCACACUAAGCUGGGCUGUUAUUUGGAGACGAGGGUGAAUGACUUCCUGAAACGUCAGAGCCACCCUGAGUCGGGUGACGUCACUAUCCGAGUCGUCCACGUCUCUGACAAGGUGGUGGAGGUCAAACCAGGCAUGAAGUCCAGGUUUGUGGACACUGGGGAGAUGUGUGAGUCGUUCCCAUAUAGAACGAAAGCCCUGUUUGCCUUUGAGGACAUCGAUGGUGCUGACGUCUGCUUUUUCGGCAUGCAUGUACAGGAGUAUGGCUCGGACUGCCCUCCUCCCAAUCAGAGACGAGUGUACAUCUCGUACCUGGACAGUGUUCACUUCUUCCAGCCUCGUUCUCUGAGGACGGGCGUCUACCAUGAGAUUCUCAUUGGCUACCUGGAGUAUGUCAAGAAGCUGGGGUACACGACGGGUCACAUCUGGGCGUGCCCACCUAGUGAAGGGGAUGACUACAUUUUCCACUGUCACCCUAUGGACCAGAAGAUCCCCAAGCCCAAGAGGCUACAGGAGUGGUAUAGGAAGAUGCUGGACAAGGCUGUGGCGGAGCGCAUAGUGCAUGACUUCAAGGACAUCUUCAAGCAGGCCACGGAGGACCGUCUGACCAGUGCCAAGGAGCUGCCGUACUUUGAGGGGGACUUCUGGCCCAACGUGCUAGAGGAGAGCAUCAAGGAGCUGGAGCAGGAGGAGGAGGAGAGGAAGAGAGAGGAAAACAGUACUUCCAACGAGAGCGUAGAUGCCACGAAGGGCGACAGCAAGAACGCCAAGAAGAAGAACAGCAAGAAGACUUCUAAGAAUAAGAGCAGUAUGAGCCGAGCCAAUAAGAAGAAGCCAGGCUUGCCCAACGUGUCCAAUGACCUCUCUCAGAAACUCUACGCCAGCAUGGAGAAGCACAAAGAGGUAUUCUUUGUGAUCCGUCUGAUAGCAGCACCCAUGUCCAACACGCUGGGCCCCAUUACGGACCCCGACGGCCUGAUGGCCUGCGACCUGAUGGAUGGGCGCGACGCCUUCCUCACCCUGGCCCGGGACAAACACUUGGAGUUCAGCUCGCUGCGCAGGUCCAAGUGGAGCUCCAUGUGCAUGCUGGUGGAGCUCCACAACCAGAGCCAGGACCGCUUCGUCUACACCUGCAAUGAGUGCAAGGGCCAUGUGGAGACACGCUACCACUGCACCGUCUGCGAGGACUAUGACCUGUGCAUCACCUGCUACAAUACUAAGGGCCACAUCCACAAGAUGGAGAAGCUGGGUCUGGGCCUGGACGACGAGAGCAACAACGCAGCCUCCUCGUCCAUUGCCAACCCCGGGGACUCGCGGCGCCUCAGCAUCCAGCGCUGCAUCCAGUCUCUGGUCCACGCCUGCCAGUGUCGCAAUGCCAACUGCAGCCUGCCGUCCUGCCAGAAGAUGAAGCGCGUGGUGCAGCACACCAAAGGUUGCAAGCGCAAGACCAACGGCGGCUGCCCCAUCUGCAAGCAGCUCAUCGCUCUCUGCUGCUACCAUGCCAAGCACUGCCAGGAGAACAAGUGUCCCGUACCGUUCUGUCUGAACAUCAAGCACAAGCUGAGGCAGCAGCAGCUCCAGCAUCGGCUACAGCAGGCCCAGAUGCUGCGGAGGAGGAUGGCCAGCAUGCAGAGGGUGGGUCAGCCACCUCCGGGACCGGGGGGAAACGGUGGACUACCAUCUCCGGGAAACAACGGCACCACAGGGCCCAGCACCCCCAUGUCUGUGGGCACGCAGCCCCCCACACCUCAGACCCCCACCCAGGGGAACAUGCCCCAGCAGGGGAUGGGCCAGGGCCCCCCGGGGCAGCAGCAGGGCAGCAUGCCCCAGCAGCACCACAUGCAGCACCAGUUCCAGCAGCAGAUGCAGCUGCAGGCAGGGGGAGGGGGAAUGAUUAACUCUCCUCAGCAGCAACAGAUGGUCCAACAACAGCUCCAACAGCAGCAACAGGGCCAGUCUCCAAAUGUCCAGCAGAUGCAGCACCCAGGAGGUCUGCCCCCCUACACCCCUAGACCUCCAGGAGCCUCGCCCCUCCACCAGUCCCUGGGUAAACCUGGUCUGGGCCCAGCCACCCCUCCACAGCAGCAGACCAACCCUAGCCAGGGUUCUAUGCCCCAGGGGCAGCAGCAGCAGGGGCCUCCUCCGGCAGCGGUGGAGAUAGCGUUGAAGAUCCAGCGUGUGGCAGAGACCCAGCGUCAGAUGGCCCAGGCCCAGAUCCUCCAGAGGCAGCAGGCGGCCCAGGGUGGAGGCAUGAUCCCCCCUCACCACCAGAACCCCCAGGCCCAGAUGCAGAGCAUGGCCCACCCAGGAGCAGUUAUGGUAGGGCCCCAGGGCCAGGGUCUGGCAGGGAGGACCCUGAUGGAGCAGCAGGGGAUGGUGGUGGGGCCAGGAGGCAUGCAGCAGCAGUCCCAGAUCCCCCCUCAGGUUCAGCUCCAGCAGCAGGCCCGACUUCAGAACCCCAACCAACAGCAGUGGGGAGGCCCUGGUGGGAUGACUCCCCAGCAGAGGCAAGGCAUGAUGGGACAGAUGGGUCACCUGACACUGCAGCAACAGCAGCAGCUAGCCCAGCAACAGCAGCAGCGGCAGCUUGCCCAGCAACAACAACAGCAGCAGCAACAACAGCAAGGUCAGCCCCAGCAACAACAGCAGGCAGGGCAAGGGGGGUUAAUGGGGUUGAUGGGAGUUCAAGGUGGCGUGGCUGGGGCGGCGGCGGCAAUGGUGGGGACAGGGAACCUCCCCCAGGCAGCUCUACAGGACCUCCUGCGUACCCUCCGCUCUCCCAGCUCCCCCGGCCAGCAGCAACAGGUCCUCAACAUCCUCCGCUCCAACCCCCUCCUCAUGGCUGCCUUCAUCAAGCAGCGAGCCGCCCGAUACCAGGGAGGUCCAGGGGUGCCUGGGGCACCGGGAGGAGGCCCAGGAGGGGGGCCUGGAGGUGUGCGGUUCCAGGGGGCCCCUGGUGGGGUAGGAGUUGGGCCUGGUGGUAACCAAGUUGUUAUGGAUGGUCAGCAGGUCAAUGUAAAUCCUGGAGCGGCCCAGGCAGGUAUGAACAUGGGCCAGGGAGGAGGAAAUAUACCCACUAUGGCUCAGAUACAGCAGUUGCAGCAGCAGCAACUGCAGCAGCAACUGCAACAACAACAGCAGCAGCAGCAACAACAGCAACAACAGCAGCAACAGCUGCAGCGCCCCCUCUUGCCUGGGAGUUUGCAGCAACAGCAGCAAAUGGCAGCGCAACAACCGCAGCAACAACAAGGCGGGAUGCCAGGCCAAGGCACCCAAAUGUCCAACAUGACUCCCCAGUUCAGAGAGAUUCUGAUGCGAAGGCACCUGCAACAACAACAACAACAACAACAACAGAUGAGUAACAAUGGUCAGUUCCAGCAGCCCCCCCAACAGCAGGGUCAGGGCCAGCAGAGCUUCAUGCAGCAAGGCCAGCCUGGUCAAUCUGGCCAGACUCAGUCUGGGGGAGGAGGGCCGCAGCAGGGGGGGGGGCAGGGGCCCCAACCGGGUCCCGGGCAGAGCCAGCAAGGGCAGGGCUACCCUGGAACCAUGUCCCAGCAGGUAGCCACAGCCCUGCAACAGAGGCUGCAGCACCAGAUGCAGAUGCAGCAGAUGCAGCAACAGGAUAGUGGGGGUGCGGGGCCUGGGCAGCUCCAACAGGGGCAGCAGGGUCCCCAACAAGGCCAAGGUGGUCCCCCCCAGCCCCAGUCCUCCCAUGCCAUUCUCCAGCAGGCCCUCCACCAGAGACUCCUCCAGCAGCAGCACCUAGGAGGGGGCUCGCCUGCCCAGCACGGCAGUCCUAUGAGCCCCCAGCAGCAGAUGGCCCAGUCCCCACACCCCCACCUCCAGGGCCAGGCUCUGGGCGGUCAAUCUCUCAGUAACCAGGUGCGUUCUCCUCAGCCUUCCCCUCGGCCACAGUCCCAGCCGCCCCACUCCAGCCCCUCGCCACGCAUGCAGCCCCAGCCCUCCCCUCACCGCAUCUCCCCCCAGACCCAGACAGGCUCCCCACACCCAGGUCACCUCUCCCAGCACCACCCUGGCAUGGUGGCCUCCCAAAACCCACAACAACAAUUGUCACAGCAACAACAACAGACUAACUCUGGGGACCUGGGUACAUUUGGUUCGGACCCAAGUGCUAUGAUGUCCCAGAUAAGUGGGAGGGGUUUGCAUGGCCCAGGGCAAUCGGACAUGUUGGGUAAUAACAACCAGGACCUGGGGACGAACAUUAACCACAACAGUUUAGACAUUAUGUAACCUACUACCACGUCUGUCUCAGUGGUCUGAAGAACUGCCUUCAUGGGUCUUGCUGGGAUUGAAUGGAAGGGGGAUGGCAGUUUUAAAAGGUAUUUUUAUUUAAUAUUUUUCUGAUGUAUAAAUGAAAAGAACUUAACUUCCUAUGGGAGAUGCAACAUUUUAAAUCUACAAGUCAAUAAAUGAAUAAAUUAAACAAAUGGUAAGUUAUUGCUGUUUAUGUUUUAUAUAUAUAUAUAACAUUUUUGCCAAUUGUGUGUAAGGAGUUUCUGGAUGUGUGAGUUCUUCCUUAGUAUAUGACACAAGUAAUAUUUUUGGGGACAGAAUUUUUUUUGCUUUUUUUUGCUUUUUUUUUUUUUUACACGUAUUUUUAAGAUUUUAAAUGUGGUGGAAAAUUAGUGAGCUAAUACAAUGGACCUUUUUUAUUGUUCUGUUUUCCUUCAUAAAACCAGUCAUGAUUGUAUCUGUUUUGCAGAAGUAUUUUUUUUAAUUUUUUAUAAAUAUAUUAUAAUGAUCAAUAUUUUUGCUGUAUCUACAAACAAACAUCAACAUAUCUUCCUGCCUUUUUUGGGGGGGAAAUACUUUUUUUUUUCGGUAAAUGUACCUUGCGACUGCUACAUUUCACAGAAUAUAUUUUUGAAAAGGACUGUCCAAAAACCGAGAGGAUUGAGAAAGGUGAGUUUAAAUUUUUUAUUUUUUUUGACUUUUUUUUUCUGGUUUUGUAAUCCAAGUUAAACUUAGUGUUGUGGGGAGGGUGUUGAACACUGGCUGAUCUCCCUCUUGGACUGACUGUCUCAGGUCAGAAGCUUCCAGUUUUGACGCCCAGAUCUUCUACGUGAACACAUCUUUCCCCGUGUCUCAACUUUUUUAUUUUUUUCUCUCCCACGAAUGUGCACUCCCCUUUUACCCCCACACUUACUACAGAAUGAUGGAUGAACUUACUGAGGAUGUUGCCAGCUGAUUCGGAUAGAUUGAUGGCUGUGUGCGUGUGUACAUGCAUACCCUCAUGAAAUGAAACGGGGAUAUGGCAAUGGGGAAUGUGUAGCGGGGUUUUCGAGCUAUAAACUCGCCUCUUUAAAAAAAAAACAGUUUUCUUGUCAACAAUGCUGCCCUUUCCCACCUCUCCUAGUCACAUCCCCCUUGUCUUUUGCCCUGCACCAUUGGGUGUAAUCUAAUAUUACUGUACAAAGAACUGGACUUUAAUGAAAUGCUGUUUUUGUAAUAAAAUGAACAGCCUUUAACCUAGGAUGAGCAGAGAGACACAAUUAUAGAUUUUUCUCCUUUUGAUUUGAUUUCCUAGCAACUCGGGCUCCUCCCAAAUUGAAAGUAUUGAGGCUUCUGUAAGGUACAGUAUGGGGUGUAGCUCAUAUGAGCACCAAUGCGCCUUUUAUUUUUGACAAACUUCGGUUAUUCUAACAAAUCACAUCUUGUUUGCUGUGAUCACCAACACAUUCACAUGCGCAACACAAUACCAGGGAGAAGGCUUAUUAGUGUGGUCAGACAAUGAAUUGGUCAUUAGAUUUCACAAGUUCACUUAUUUUUCUGUAUAGGUUGGGAUUUGGGGGGAGGGGGAAAAAAGUGGCAAUAUCUUGAGACUUAUUUUAUAUAAAAAGACAGUCUUUUAUAUAUAGAUAUAUUAUUUAAUUUCUUUUAUAUCUAUAUAAAACUUGAAGCUACAGGAAUUAGAUUAAACUUUUUGUAUUAAAGAUGUGAUGCAAAAUGACACUGCAGUCAUUGAUACUGCGGGUUUGUGUAUAUCAUGCCAUUUUGAAGAGAUGUACAUGCAUAUAAAUGUAUACAUACUGAAUCACUGUAGAAACCAUGGUAACUGAACUUUUGUUUAGUUUGUGUUUCUUCCUAAAGAGACUGGAAAUAAGACUAUUUAAUAUUUAGUGUUCAAAUGGAAUCUUUGACCACUUUUCUCUACAUAUUUUGGUGCUUGUGCUAAAAGAAAGCAGAAAAUAACUGUUGCUCCAUUUCUUUAGUUUCAAAUUUAAGUUAUUUUGGUGGUCUGAUUUGUAUUUUUUUUUUGCAAAUAAUUUAAUUGUACAAUAAAGUAUGUUUGUACCAUUGGAAAAA